CCGCACCGCCCUUCUGGGCUGGCGUCUCCGCCGUAACAAUACCCACUUCGUCCAUAUCCAUCGUCCUCUCUCAGGGUUUCUGUCCGCCUCCUGUUUUCAUCUUCUCAAUUGUCCGCUGCUCUCCUCUUCGACCAGAGUCCGCCUCAAUUGUCCGUCUUUUUGUCUUUGACUUUAGCGGCCGGCCAUCUCAUCCGUAAGAAGAAUCAGUGCUGCAAACGAUCUUUGGAACCUGUGAAUAAAGAAUAUCAGUGUAAGCCUGCUCUAUUGACUGAAGAACAAUUCCAGGUUUAAACUUGAGUGAGCCUUCAGCAAUGGCUAAGGCAAAAGCCACUACUGUUAAAGAUGCAGUUCACAAGCUGCAACUUUGUCUUCUGGAUGGCAUUCAAGAUGAGAGUAAACUCUUUGCUGCUGGAUCUUUGAUGUCUCAUAGUGAUUACCAAGAUGUUGUGACUGAAAGAGCUAUAGCAAAUAUGUGUGGAUAUCCUUUAUGCAGCAACUUUUUACCUUCUGAUAGGCCUCACAAGGGUCGUUAUCACAUUUCGAGGAAGGAGCAUAAAGUAUAUGAUCUACGUGAAGCCUACAUGUACUGCUCAACAAAAUGUGUUGUGAAUAGUCGAGCAUUUUCCAGUGGCUUGCCAGAAGAGCGAACUUCCUAUCUCAACCCUUCUAAACUUAAUGAAGUCUUGCAGGCUUUUGAGCAACCUGGUUUGGACGCUCAGGUGGAUCUCGGAAGAAAGGGAGAUUUAGGGUUAUUUGAAUUAAAGAUUCAGGAGAAAGUAGAAGUGAAGGGUGGAGAAGUUUCUCUUGAAGAGUGGAUUGGUCCAUCCAAUGCAAUUGAAGGCUAUGUUCCACAAUCAGACAAGACUCUCAAGCCACAAUUGAAGCCCCCCAAAAGAGGAUCUAAGUCUCAGCAUAGCCAGCUCAAUAAGAAGAAAACUGUGUUAUUUAGUGAGGCAGAUUUCACCAGUUGCAUAAUUACUGACGAUGAGUAUAGCAUUUCAAAGUUACCAAGUACUUCAACAACUCUUUUGAAUGAUUCUGCCACUGAACCAAGUGAAAUAAGAAGGCAUGGGAACAAAGAUGAUCAAAUUGCUGCAUUAGAAAAACAGGUCGGUUGUUUGCAAAUCCAUAACAAGAUUGAUGAACCAGAGCAGUCUACCAAAAGGAAUGGUAGGACUUUCAAGAAUGAGAACAACAUUACAGAGGCAUCUACACAUCCUUCCAACAAUAGUCUCAAUGUGGAUGGAAUCAGCACAGGAAAUACAUCGGAUGGUGGAAAUAAUGAUGUAUCAAAUACUACAUUAAAAUCUUCUCUGAAGCCAUCGUAUGCCAAGAAAGAAACCCGUUCAGUAACUUGGGCAGACGAGAAGACUGAUCUUAGUAGCAGAAGAAUCAUUCUCAGCGAUUCUGGAGAACCAAAGAAUCUCCAAAGUGUGUCUGGGGAACUAGAGUCAACAAGUACGGAGAAGGAUGACGAUUCAUAUCGCUUUGCAUCUGCAGAAGCCUGUGCAGCAGCAUUGAGUGAAGCAGCAGAAGCUGUUGUCUCAGGCUGUGAUGUCUCAUCUGCUGUAUCUGAAGCUGGGAUUAUUAUAAUGCCACCACCACAAGAAAUGGAUGAAGUGGAUUCUGGGGAGGAUGAUGGGACGCUUGAUGUAGAGCCACAUUUGCAAAAAUGGCCAACAAAGCCAGGGAUGCCAAAUUAUGAUUUGUUUGAAUCUAAAGAUUCUCUUUAUGACAUUCCACCAGACGGGUUUAGUUUGUCUUUGUCACCAUUUUCAACAAUGUUUAUGGCACUCUUUGCAUGGAUAUCAUCAUCAUCCUUGGCCUUUAUAUAUGGGCGUGAUGAAAGUGACCAUGAAGAAUAUUCAUCUAUUAACGGGCAAGAAUAUCCAUGCAAGAUUGUACUCUCAGAUGGACGCUCAAUUGAAAUUAGGCAAACUCUUGCUGGCUGUCUCUCACGGGCCUUGCCUGGCGUGGUGGCUGAUCUUAGGCUCCGUAUACCGAUAUCAACCUUGGAAAAGGAAAUGGAUAAGUUGAUUGAUACCAUGUCUUUUGUGGAACCGCUACCCCCAUUCAGAAUGAAGCAGUGGCAGUUGAUUGUUCUUCUGUUUCUUGAUGCUCUCUCUGUAUCUAGGAUUCCUGUGCUUAAUUCAUUUAUGACAGAGAUGAGAUUCCUGCUUCCGAAGGUUCAAGAAGAAGCUGGUGUAAGUGCUGAAGAGUACAAGAUCAUGAGGGAUCUCAUUAUUCCACUAGGCCGAGUACCUCAAUUCACGAUGCAGAGUGGAGCAUAAAGCUUUACGCCAAGAAUUCAUCAAUCUCUUGACGAGAAACUUUUGUAUUCGUGCUCAUAAGAUAUCAUUUUAAGGCAUUUCUAAAAGAUUAAUCAUAGGCACAUCUCAUGGGUUUUGAUUGAAAUGUGGCCUAUAGGAAUAUGUAAUUACUCGGAGUAGCACGGUUUUGUGUGUGAAGUUGUUCAAAUGGCGGAAAAUUUCCUUGUGCCAUGUUCUGAAAAAAUGGACUUAUUAUGAACUCCUAAGUCAUUGUGUGUCACCAAAUUAUACUCCAAAACCAUAUUGCUGAAUUGGCUGUGAUUCUUUUGCUGUUUUUUUCUUGGUACGUGUGAAAUUGUUGAAUAUUUUUAAUAGUCAUACUAGGGUGCUCUGGUGUCCUGU